AUGAUACCUCGAAAUGACAAGGAUCUUGCCAAUUUGGAUGUGAGCAAUGUCCAGCCCCGGGGAAACGAAAAGGUCGAAGGGGAGGAAGCGGGAGAAGUUGAAGUAGAAGAAGUGGGUGAAGAAAAUGAAGCAAACCAAGUAGAAGAAGCAGACGAGGCAGACGAAGCAGACGAAGCAGACGAAGCAGACGAAGCAAACGAAGCAGACGAGGCAAACGAAUUGGAAAGGCCGCGAACCUCCAGAUGUAACAGAAACAUUAAGCUGUUUUGCAAAAUGAACAAGAAAUAUGUAUACCUUAAACAGGAGGAUUACAUGUCAUAUAAGUACAAAAGGAGGAAGCGGAAAAGAAGAAAACGAUUCGAUCGCGUUUUGAAUUCCAUUUCAAAGUCGAUAAGACACAUGAUUAAACGUGUGAACAAAACAUAUACUAAAAUGAAAUCACAAUUCAAAAGCGCCUUCCCAAAUUUAAAUGUUAAACGUUGCCUGUACGUUUUCAUAAUAUAUUUGUUAAUAAACGUAGCACUGUUUAUUUUUUCCGUAUUUGUGUACUUUUUUUUAUAUAUUUAUUUUAUCCCACAGAAUAAAUAUGUAUAUCCAGUAGAAUUUACCUUAGCUCAAAGUCCCAUAGAAGAUUAUUUAAAGAAAAAACCUUACGAAUAUAUGACAGGUUCCUCGGGGAAUACCAUGCAUAGCAACGUUAAUAAAUCAGAAGAAAUCUUUUUAAAUCAUUUAAAAUCAUUUAAAAAAGAAAUUUUAAGCAGUAUAGAAAAAAAGGAUACAUGCUGUUGCUCGGGGAACUGGAAUAACAUGAUGUUAAAGGGGCAUUAUCCCUUUCAGAAUAUAAAAGAAAAUUACAUAAAUUAUGAAAAAUUACACAAUUUUGACAAAGGAAUGGAGCACAUAUUUUUGCAAAAUAAUGUAUUAACAGGUCAGGUAAAUUUUCAAAAAUGUUCAGAUAAAAAAAAAUCAUAUAAUAAUAAUCACAGUGUUUUCCAUUUUUUCAUUCCCUUUUUGAAAAAUCAAGAAAGUGGUGAGCUUAAAAUAAAAAAAGGAUAUAAAGUAGACAUAUUUCUCAACUUUUCUUAUAUGAAUAAUGACUACAACGAUAAAUUUAAUUUCAUUCAAUUACAAACAGAAAUUUUUGACAAAAGUGAUCAUGCCCUUUUGAGAAAUGAAAAGUUGCACUUUAAUAAUAAAAAUUACGAUUUUAUAAACAAAUUGUAUUUAUUUUUUAACACUCCAUUCUACUUGUUCAACAUUUUCAAUCGAAAAACAACAGAAAUACACCUAGUAGACGAUUACAAAUAUGCAUCACAUUUUGGAAAAAUUAACAUACAUAUAUAUCCACCUAUACAAAUAUAUGAAGCAUAUAUAGUCAUCCUUGUCUACGUCAAUUUUGUUUACUACUACAUGUAUAACUAUCCUUUUCUAUUUUUUUAUGUGUUUGUUUUUGUGCUGAGUUCCUUGUUCAUUUUUUUAAAUACUCUCACCUUUGCUUUUUGGGCACUCUACCAAUAUAUGAUAAGUUGUUAA